AUGGCUGGAGGGCAAGCUUUACCUGUGCUGUAUGUUGCUGGAACUCAUUACGAAGUUGGCUACAAAAUUGGAGUCACAUUUGCUGAAAGGAUUAGAAGUUUUUGGAAUGAAUCAACUUACCUACAUACAAUAGAUAUACCAUUCAGCAAAACCUCUAAGGGAAGAGCAUAUUUUGAGUCCACGUUAGAAGUCUGCAAGAACAAUUUUCCUGACUUUGUUAGAGAGCUGCAGGGUAUUGCUGAUGGAGCUGGCAUGCCUUUUGACAACAUCUUCAUGUUGAACAUCUCAAAGGAAGUCCAGAAUGUCUUGUCAGACAAUUCAUUACAACAACAGAAUGCCACAGAAACUGCAGGCUGUACAGAUGUGAUCAUCAACAGCCCAACCUGUAAACUCAUUGGACACAAUGAAGACUGUGACCCCAAAAUCAAACCAUAUGGUUAUAUUGUUAGUGCCAGAAUAUUAGAUGCAAUUGGAAAGGAAGUGGAGAGUUUUACGGCUUACUGCUACCCAGGAUUCUUAGCAGGCACAGCUCUGAGCUUCAAUAAAUCUGGCAUGGUCUUCACUGUUGAUGGCUUGUAUACAGAUUUUGUUGUUCAUGGAGCUUCCCCCAGAAUAUUUCUGAACCGCAGCAUCAUUAGAGCCAGAACAUUUGAAGAGGCAGUCAAACUGAUCAAAAACAAUGGAUACGGAGUGGCUUACGGCUUCACUGUCAACAUUGCUGAUGUAAAAUCACCCAGAGACAUUUGGUCAGUUGAGGUUUGUCCCCAAGCUAAGGUAUCUGUGAUCGAUAUACAGACUAUUUCUGAGGUUGCAGAUCCAGACAAGAAUUGUCACUAUAUUCAUUGUAAUAAUUUUUUACAUCUGAAAACCUCAGAGAUCCCUAACUUGGUCAGCUCUGUAGCAAGACAAACAAGGGCUGAGGAGUUUCCAGCUCCAAAGAAACAAGCUGAUGUCCUUGCUAUCCUUGGAGAUGAAACUAAUCAGGAGUACCCAAUUUAUCGGACUGUCCGACCAACAGACUACUCUUCCACAUCAUUUACUGGUAUUGUGGACAUUCUCCACAACAGAGUGGAGAUUUAUGUAGAAAAUCCCAUUCUUGAGGGUGUUGUGCCAUUGAUACAUUUCAACAUUAUGUAA